AUGUGGCAGAGUUACUGUUAUACAUUUCUGAACAGUUUCUUAUCUUUUCUUUCUUUACAGCAAUAUUAUAGGAUGUGGCAGAGUUACUAUUAUACAUUUUCUGAACAGUUUCCUUAUCUUUUCUUUCUUUACCUUAAUAUUAUAGGAUUUUUUUAUCUUUUCUUUCUUUACCUUAAUAUUAUGGGAUGUGGCAGGUUACUGUAUACCAUUUCUGGAACAGUUCCUUAUCUUUUCUUUCUUUACCUUAAUAUUGGGAUUUUUCCUUAUCUUUUCUUUCUUUACCUUAAUAUUAUGGGAUGUGAUGUGGCAGAGUUACUAUUAUACAUUUCUGAACAGUUUCCUUAUCUUUUCUUUCUUUACCUUAAUAUUAAGGAUGGGAUUUUCCUUAUCUUUCUUUCUUUUACCUUAAUAUUAUGGGAUGUGCAGAGUUACUAUUAUACAUUUCUAAUUCAGUUUCCUUAUCUUUUCUUUCUUUACCUUAAUAUUUUUCCUUAUCUUUUCUUUCUUUACCUUAAUAUUAUGGGAUGUGGCAUAGUUACUAUUAUACAUUUUCUGAACAGUUUCCUUAUCUUUCUUUCUUGCCUUAAUAUUAUGGGAUGUGGCAUAGUUACUCUUGCCAUUUCUGAACAGUUUUCUUGUCUUUUCUUUCUUUGUAAUAUUUUUCUUUAUCUUUUCUUUCUUUACCUUAAUAUUGUGGGAUGUAGCAUAGUUGCUAUUAUACAUUUCCUGAGAACAGUUUCCUUAUCUUUUCUUUCUUUACCUUAUUAUUAUGGGAUGUGGCAGAGAUUACUAUUUAUUCUGAACAGUUUCCUUAUCUUUUCUUUCUUUACCUUAUUUUCUUAUCUUUUCUUUUUUCUUUGCCUUAAUAUUAUGGGAUGUGGCAGAGUUACUGUAUACAUUUCUGAACAGUUUCCUUAUCUUUUCUUUCUUUACCUUAAUAUUAUAGGAUGUAGCAAAUUACUGUAUACAUUUCCUGAACAGUUUCCUUAUCUUUUCUUUCUUUACCUUAAUAUUUAUAGGAUUUUCCUUAUCUUUUCUUUCUUUACCUUAAUAUUAUGGGAUGUGGCAGAGUUACUAUUAUACAUUUCUGAACAGUUUUCAUAUCUUUUCUUUCUUUACCUUAAUAUUAUGGGAUUUCCUUAUCUUUCUUUCUUUAAUAUUGUGGGAUGUUGGCAGAGUUACUGUUAUACAUUUCUGAACAGUUUCCUUUCUUUUCUUUCUUUUACCUUAAUAUUAUGGGAUGUGGCAGAGUUACUAUUAUACAUUUCUGAACAGUUUCAUAUCUUUUCUUUCCUUAAUAAUAUUAUAGGAUGUAGCAUAGUUACUGAUGUGGCAGAGUUACUUUAUUAUACAUUUCUGAACAGUUUCAUAUCUUUUUCUUUCUUUUACCUUAAUAUGUAUGGGAUAUGGCAGAGUUUUAUUAUACAUUUUCUGAACAGUUUUCCUUAUCUUUUCUUUCUUUACCUUAAUAUUGAACAGUUACUUUACAUUUCUAUCAGUUUUCUUUCUUUUUCCUUAAUAUUAUGGGAUGUGGCAGAGUUACUGUAUACAUUUCUGAACAGUUUCCUUAUCUUUUCUUUCUUUUACCUUAAUAUUAUGGGAUGUGUGAGUUACUAUUACAUUUCUAACAGUUUCAUAUCUUUCUUUCUUUACCUUAAUAAUAUUGUAGGAUGUAUGAGUUGCUAUUAUACAUUUCUGAACAAGUUUCUUAUCUUUCUUUCUUUUACCUUAAUAUUGUGGGAUGUGCUUGCAGAGUUAUAUUAUACAUUUCUGAACGGUUCCUUAUCUUUUCUUUUCUUUACCUUAAUAUUUUUAUUAUUCUUUUUCUUUCUUUACCUUAAUAUUUUGGGAUCUUCUCCUCUUAUUCUUUUUAUACAUUUUCUUAACUUUUUCCUUUCUUUUCUUUCUUUACCUUUUUGGGAUUUACUUUAUACAUUUCUCUUCCUUAUCUUUCUUUUCUUUACCUUAAUUUUAUGGGAUGUGGCUUAUUCUACUGCCAUUUCAUUUCAGUUUAUUCUUUUCUUUCUUUACCUUAAUAUUAUGGGAUGUCUCCUCUUUAUUAUUUUUUUUCUGAACAGUUUCCUUAUCUUUUUCUUUCUUUCCUUUAAUAUUAUUUUGUGUGAUUACUUAUUCUUUUCUGAACAGUUUCCCUUAUCUUUCUUUCUUUACCUUAAUAUUUCUUAG